CUGAGGCUUGGAGGAUUCACAGCACAUCUUCAGCUAGGUACCUCCCUCCCUCCAGCACCAUGCCAUACAACUGCUGCCUGCCCGCCCUGAGCUGCCGCACCAGCUGCUCCUCCAGGCCCUGCGUGCCCCCCAGCUGCCAUGGCUGCACUCUGCCCGGGGCCUGCAACAUCCCUGCCAAUGUGGGCAACUGCAAUUGGUUCUGUGAGGGCUCCUUCAAUGGCAAUGAGAAGGAGACCAUGCAGUUCCUGAAUGACCGUCUGGCCUCCUAUAUGGAGAAGGUGAGGCAGCUGGAGAGAGAGAAUGCAGAGCUGGAAAGUAGGAUCCAGGAGAGGAACCAGCAGCAGGAUCCCCUGGUGUGUCCUGCCUACCAGGCCUACUUCAGGACCAUUGAGGAGCUGCAGCAGAAGAUCUUGUGUGGCAAAUCUGAGAAUGCCAGGCUGGUUGUGCAGAUUGACAAUGCCAAGCUGGCCUCUGAUGACUUCAGGACCAAGUACGAGACAGAGCUGUCCCUGCGGCAGCUGGUGGAGUCAGACAUCAAUGGCCUGCGCAGGAUCCUGGAUGAGCUGACCCUGUGCAAGUCUGACCUGGAGGCGCAGGUGGAGUCCCUGAAGGAGGAGCUGCUGUGUCUCAAGCAGAACCACGAGCAGGAAGUCAACACCCUGCGCUGCCAGCUUGGAGACCGCCUCAACGUGGAGGUGGAUGCUGCUCCCACUGUGGACCUGAACCGUGUGCUCAAUGAGACCAGGUGUCAGUACGAGGCCCUGGUGGAAACCAACCGCCGGGAAGUGGAGGAAUGGUUCACCACACAGACAGAGGAGCUGAACAAGCAGGUGGUGUCCAGCUCAGAGCAGCUGCAGUCCUGCCAGGCCGAGAUCAUCGAGCUGAGGCGCACAGUCAAUGCCCUGGAGAUUGAGCUGCAGGCCCAACACAACCUGAGAAACUCUCUGGAGAACACCCUGACAGAGAGUGAGGCUCGCUACAGCUCCCAGCUGUCCCAGGUGCAGUGCCUCAUCACCAAUGUGGAGUCCCAGCUUGGUGAGAUCCGGGCUGACCUGGAGCGUCAGAACCAGGAGUACCAGGUGCUGCUGGACAUCCGGGCCAGGCUGGAGUGUGAGAUCAACACAUACAGGGGCCUGCUGGAGAGCGAGGACUGCAAGCUACCCUGCAAUCCCUGUGCCACAACCAACGCAUGUGAUAAGCCCAUUGGGCCCUGUGUCUCUAACCCUUGUGUCACAAGAUCUCGGUGUGGACCUUGCAACAGUUUUGUGCGUUAGAGAUUCCAUUGCCGGAAGGGGGACAAAGAUAUCAGUUACACCUUAAGGUCACCUCAUCUCAAGACCUCAAAAAUUGACUGCACUGGACAAAGGCAGACUAAAGCUUGAACCUGCAGUGCAUUUGAUCCUUGGGCACAGAAGAUGUAGAGUCUGUCUUCUGAGAAACCUACAAUAGGAUCGAGUACCAUCUACUCACACAAAGCCAUAUUUACAUACGCAAUGCUAUUCGUUCAUAAAAACUUAUCCCAAUGUGAUUUUAUCUGAAUGUGUGUAAAUAAUUCCAUUGAGUGUGGGGGAACUGGUUGGCAAGCUUGUGAAACAAACAAAAAAAAUCAGUGGACUUAACCUUUUUUGUUACAUUUUCUGCCUUAAAUCCAAUACAAAUCUUUUGUCUUCCCAAUAAAUUCUUUUUCUGGCA